GUCAAUAGUAUAUCACGCCUAUCUCACCACUUUCGUCACCUUCUCGGACUUAUUCGGCAUUCCUCUCGCAGUCUGGCCGAAGCGUGAGCAACACGAGUGGAUUCUCCGCGACAAUGAUCACCGACAGUGGAAGCCAUGGAUCAGAACUGCGCCUGUGCGAGUUGGCCAAGCUCAUACGUCAGUCACUGCGGAACGGCGUUUCAUUGUUCCUCCACAAUAGUCUUGCGGGACCGCAGCUUGCACGGAGGAAGAACUUGGGCAGGGAUGUACUGCAGGCCAGUCACAACAGGACGCUGAAGCAAUCCACACUGUCCACCUUUCGUCACGUCAACCGCGCAAAUGGGCCAUCAAGAAGCCCAGCGAUUUCCGAGAGCUUCGAAGGCAUCGGUUCAAUCGCGAUCUUUCUUAGCGCGCGGUUUGCUGGACGGGAUCGAGGACUUCGCGGACCUGAUGGAGAGGUGGAUUGGCGGCCUUUGAAGGAGGAUGCUAUGUUGAAGGAUGGGAGGGAAGAUAUGAAGAUAUGGAGAAGGUGUGGAGAAGUUGCGAGGAUAUGGAGAGGAUAGAGGAGAAGCGGGAGCCGCAACCUGGGAUGAAAGACCCGGAUCUUUCGUAGGGGGUGAGGAUGGCUGCGCUGGAGAGGAUUAGCGUUGAAAAGGCUUGUGGGGUUACGAUUGCGGUGAAGAGCAAGUGGGAGAGAGGGUCUUUACACUGGACACGAAAGUCGUUGAAGAGGAGAUAAGAGCGAGGAUCUAGGAGGCGUUUAGUGGUUACUGAAAUUGUCGCAUUCAUUUGUCGACAUGUGGACCAUUCUUAACAAAUGUCGCCAAAGUCGCCUAGUCAUAAGCCUUUGAAACUCUAGAAUACAACCCUUCUUCAAAGUGUCGCAUGUAUCUCAUCCUCGG